AUGGUGCUCAAGCACUGUUCAAGAUCCUCGCUGUAUAACUCCUCUCUUCCUUCCUCAGCCUUUCCUCCAUAGCCAGAGGACUAAUGCUAUAGGAAUCGCAUGUUCUAGCUACCUCUUAACACUUUCCCUAACUUUCUCGGUAGAGUGAUUCACAAACCCAACCUCAGGAUUUUCUACAUUCUCAGAUUCCCAGGUAACCAAACAGAGUACUUGUUUUUCCGCCAUGAUCUCUUCAAUCAAGCACGCACAAUGCUCUCUGGCGUCCUCAGACUUCCUGCCGAAAAGGCGCACACUUGUUAAAUCCCAAUUCUCUCCACUACCCAUUAUUCAAAACGCACAACAAGGCCUUAAUCAGUCACCCACUCCACAAAAACCAUUACAUAUCUCUUCAAUUGGGAACUUUUCGCUUACAGAGACAAAGACCCAGAAGCGCACAACAACAGAGUGCCAAGCCUAUGAGGCUGACCGGUCGCGCCCGCUUGACAUCAAUAUUGAGUUGCUGGACGAGCAGGCACGAUGGGAGGCGGCACAGAGGAUCAAAAUUGGGUUAUAUUUUGCGACCUGGUGGGCCUUGAACGUGGUGUUCAAUAUUUACAAUAAGAUGGUAUUGAAUGCGUUUCCUUAUCCGUGGCUUACUUCGACGCUCUCACUCGCUUGUGGGUCUAUUAUGAUGUUGAUUUCGUGGGCCACGAGAAUCGCUGCUGCCCCAAAGACUGAUUUCGAGUUUUGGAAGAACUUAUUCCCUGUUGCGUUGGCACAUACAAUUGGGCAUGUGGCUGCAACCGUUAGCAUGUCGAAGGUUGCAGUUUCAUUCACCCACAUCAUCAAGAGUGGUGAGCCUGCCUUCAGUGUCCUGGUUUCAAGGUUUCUAUUGGGAGAUACUUUUCCAAUGCCUGUCUACUGGUCACUGUUGCCCAUCAUUGGGGGUUGCGCACUUGCUGCUGUUAGUGAGCUCAACUUCAACAUGAUUGGUUUUGUGGGUGCUAUGAUAUCAAACUUGGCAUUUGUUUUUCGGAACAUUUUCUCAAAGAAAGGGAUGAAGGGGAAGUCUGUUAGUGGGAUGAACUACUACGCCUGUCUGUCCAUUUUGUCUCUAUUGAUUCUCACACCAUUUGCCAUUGCUGUUGAGGGACCACAAGUGUGGGCUGCUGGCUGGCAGAAUGCUGUAGCUCAAAUUGGACCCAACUUUGUUUGGUGGGUGGCAGCUCAAAGUAUAUUCUACCAUCUGUAUAAUCAGGUUUCAUACAUGUCGCUCGAUCAGAUAUCACCAUUGACAUUUAGCAUUGGUAACACAAUGAAGCGGAUAUCUGUAAUAGUCUCCUCCAUAAUUAUCUUCCACACUCCUGUUCAACCCAUCAAUGCCCUUGGAGCUGCCAUUGCAAUUCUUGGUACCUUCCUGUAUUCACAGGAUCAGAUGGAUGAGGACUUCUUGAAGCUCUCAAAAAUGUUCAAUGCCAUGAAAUCUGCUGUUAGGGCCCCAGAUCUUUACCCCAAAUAUAAAAUUGCUGUUCUUGCUUCAAAGCAGGAACACUAACAUGGGGGCGCCAAAUGCCUCUUCUAGCCGAAACGACGAUGCGCUGCAAAUUAUGCGAAGUGUAGCAAACUUGAACACACCAUGUUAAUGUUCAAAACACAAAACACAAAAAGAUUGUUCUUAUCAUAGAUUUGGGAAAAGAUUGUUCUUUAGCAGUCCUUAUUUUUUCUCAAUGUACUCUUGGCUUCUAGGGCAUUGUCGAAUUGGUGAUAAUUGCUUUUUGUUGAACUCCAUAGGCUGGAGCUGGAAAAGGGGAAGAAGAUCGUCUGCGGAGGGCGGUGCAGGAGGAGGUUUGAAAUGCCAGUAGAUUAUGGAUCAGAAGGGGAUUGACGAGAAUAGUUUGGAGAAGGCCAUCCCUUCUUGCUGCUUGAAGGAUAGGGUUUCAGACCCUGAGCUUGGGGAUGCCAUUCUACUGUUGUUUUUGGGUGUUUCUCGGGGAAUCUCAACCUUGCUCUGAUAACAUGAACAAAUGGGUCGAGUUCAAGAAUCCUAUGUAAUUUGUUUCUUGGAUCUCUGGUCCGCAGUUUUUGCUAGGUGGUAUGUAAAUAUGUCCUCAACGCAGUGAUGCUAUGAGUACACUGGAUAUAUACAAGAGGCUGGACAGCAGGCUGAAUUUUAUUAAAAAUGUAAGACUCUUGAUGUUGGAGUGCGGAAAGAUUUCUUAAGAUUGAGCAGGUCCAAUUUACCGCAUAUAUUGAUCGCGUGUGAGAAUGCUCGCGAGUGACCUGUUCUUGCCUUCCUCUUUGUUGGUCUUGGUCCUGUGUGCGAUAAUUUCGCGAUAUUGGAGGUUUAUCUCAGGUUCACAAGGUGGGUAUAUGUGGUGUUAUUCAGAUUCACAAGGCGGGUAUCUAUGGUGUUAUUUGGAUUCACAAGGCGGGUAUUUGUGGUGUUAUUGGUUGUUUGGGUGAGGAAGAAUUCGAUGCAUUGGCUUGCGAGUGACCUGUUCUUGCCUUCCUCUUUGUUGGUCUUGGUUCUGCAUGCAAUAAUUUCGCGAUAUUGGAAGUUUAUCUCAAGUUCACAAGGUGGGUAUCUGUGGUGUUAUUCGGGUUCACAAGGCGGGUAUCUGUGGUUUUAUUUGGGUUCAAAAGGCAGGUAUCUGUGGUGUUAUUGGUUGUUUACCUGUUGUUGAUUGUCAAUUUUCAUCCAAAAUUCAAGAACAAACUAAAUAUUGGCAGGGUGGAGGUUUGAAAAUCAUCAGAAUCUGAUUGAUAACAUGUUUUAGUGUCAUCUUUGUGUGUUCACUGAAGUUGGUCAAUGCAAAACAAUCAUGGAACAGAAGCAAGAGUAGCAUCCUCACCAAGAUAUGGAGAGACAAUGAGUUUGCUCUUGAUUACAUCGAACGCGAUCGUCUAGGAUGCAAGCGUGACUUAGGUUCAUUGUCUGAUGCUUCAAAGAGCUGAAUUGGGUUCAUCAUGUGAUCACUUCGAUGCCUUUCGAUGCAAGGAUUGUUGAUACUCCGAGUACUGAGACUUCUCAGGUAUGUGAUCUUAUUUUCCCUUAGGCUUUGUGUGGGAGUUUUUUGUUAUUGGCUUAAGUUGGUUCGUAAAGUAUUGGUUGGGGUGGGUUUGUUUUGUAUUGGCUUGAAAUCAUGUGUGGGAGUUUCAGAAAUUAAUUAUUGGCUAGGUUUAAAACCAUGUGUGGGAGUUUGAGACAUCAUUGGCUUUGAUUGUUUCAUUUAACAAACAAUUACUCAUAUACCCUUUAUUACAAACACAUUUUUACUUCCUAUGUAAUUAGAAAAAUAAAAAGAAUUGCAAGUAAUAAAAAUUCACAAAACAACAAAACAAACCCAAGAAAGGAUUGAGCCAACAGGACCUGCAAAAUAUUCAAUCUCACAAAAUAAAGCUCGACAUAAUCAUAGAAUAAUUGGAACAAAUUUAUAAGUAGCAACAUAAUGUCAAUAUGGUCAUGUCUAUAUGGCAAAAUCAUCCAAAAGAUAACAUGUGAAAGGCAAAAUUACAAUCACCAAAUAAAACUUGUAACACAGUACUUGAAUAGAUGGAGUAUAGUUCUUAGGAAAAUGGAGGAGAGUUCUAGGCGAAAUAGAGGAGAGUAUUACCUAGAAGGAGCCGCGAGGGGUCUUCGCAAAAUGGAGCUGCGGUUGUUGUGCGACUAUCUGAUAUGUGAGAAAUUGAUGUUGUAUUGUGUUGGUAGGGCUAAGGGCAAAGUUGACAUAUGAUUUGUAAGAUAAGGGUAUAUUUGGAUAUUAAUUUUUAAACCAACAUGAACCCACCGAUUUGGUGGGUUGUAAAAGUGGAUCAAAACCUUCAUUAAUUGGUUUCCCUUGUUUUUUAAAACCAAUACAAACCAAUCAUUUAAAAUGUUAAAAAAAACUACCACACAUGAUUAAAGUGAACCAAAACUAAACAAAACAAUGAAAACCAAUGAAAUCUUAACUCUCACACAAGGCCUUAGACAAUAUUGGUUGAGGUUCAGUAUGCAUGCCUACAUUCCAUCAGAAAAAAUAAUUUAGUUGCAUUCACUCUCAGACACCUUAUAAUAUCUCAAGCAUGAGCUCAUUCAAAGAAGAUUUCAGUGUCAGUGUGCUAAAAUAUAGUUGACUAUCAUACAUGGAAAAGAUUCAAGUGAUUGCUUCUCCAUUAGCUGCUUUAUUUAUGUUGAUUAAAUAUGUACGUCCAAAAUUGUGUCUCUUUUAAAUUUCAAGCUGGAGUAUGGUAAGUUUAUAGUUAUUACAGUGCAAAAUAAUUUUUAGUUGAGAAUGACGGCUAAUAAAUUUAGAUGGGGGGUUUAUAAUAAACUGAUUUCCGGCGGCCGCUAGCACCUCCAUCCCUCCUUCACUGAUCACGAUAAUUGGGGUCUUUUGUCAAGACAUCAUUAUUCACACAAAAUUUUUUCCUCUUAUGUAUUUUAUGUAUUCAUGUCUAUACAUGACUAUUCACAUAGACAUUGUUUUUUCUGUGUAUCGUAUGUGUGCAUCUCUACUGCAGGCUGCAGAAUCCACAUUAUGUACUCAUUUGCCUUUGUGUGUUCUGUUUUAUCAUACUGUUUGAACAUUUUUAUGCAUGUCAAUAUUAUUGCAUGAGAGGAAGUGGAGGCUGUGGCUUUACAAAUGGUGCUGGGGAAACUGAACUUCACCUUCAAUGAUGGUCGUCUUCAGAAGUUAAUAUUAUUUUUUGUUUUUAAAAAUUUGAACACAUCUCUUCCCAGUUUGAUAGGGUCUAGAUGUUGCGGACCAAUGGGAUGGCUUCGGAUCUUAGUAGGUCUGGCGACAUUGAAGGGGAUACUGAGCAGGAGAGGAAGUGGAGGCUGCGGCUUCACAAGUGGUGCUGGGGAAACUGAACUUCAGCUUCAAUGAAGGUCGUCUUCUGGUUUAAUAUUAUUUCUGUUUUUAAAAAUCUGAACACACAUCUCUUCCCAAUCUGAUGGGGUUUUCUUUAAUCUUUUUUUUAGCUUUGCCAUAAGAUUCACUUAUGUCCUGGUGUGCAUCAGAUGGAUCUAUUUGAUCAUAAUUCAUAACAAAGACCAUCAUGUAAAGAGUUUAGUUAUAGAGUCGGCAAAUGGUUUGAGCUUAGGGUGAGUCUCCUUCUGUGACAAAUUAAAUGAUCCUAAAUUACAGAGGGUUUGAUUUUGA